GGAAAUUAACAGACCGUGCACAGAUGUGCGGCAGAAGCCGUUUGUUUGUGCUUGAAGUGAAAAGUGGCGGAACAGCUGUUGAACCGUGUGCGGCGUAAUCGAUAGCGCACUACAUUAUUUUCACAUAUCGACCAUUACAGAAAGUGGAGCGGUUGCACUGAAGUCUUUUCGGCGUUGUAUUAUCGCCAGUGAGCGGUGACUGUACUGUGGGCCCGCGCAUGCGCAAUCGGAGCCCCGGAGCCGCAGGAGAUCAGAGCUGCGCUCCGGAGUAAAGGACAGGAACGCUGUUAUGAGUGCCAAAGUGAACAUGGAGGCUCCAGCCAAAGAAGAUCGUAGACCUUUGGACCCGUCCUCCUCAUCCCCCAACGAGGCUGUCCUCAUCUGUGGGAGUGAUGGUGUGGCUAAAAAGGCCCGGCCCCAGCCCCACACCACCACGGCUCUCCUCCUGCCAGCUCCUGCUCCCAGCCAUAAGGUGGAGGUGACUCAAGCGGUUGCUGUGGGAGAUCCAGGUAAAGGAGGCAGGGCCAGUCAGACGGCCACUCCCACCUUGACACAGGUGGGUGGGGCUUGUAGCAUCGUCCAUGUCCUGGAGUGGAAGGAGGGCAUGGCCAUCCUGCCCAGCAGCAACCUCAAGUUCUGUGUGAGUGACGUUGGAACGCUGAGCACACUGAUCACCCCAGGGACCACCAGCAGCACCACUGAACCAGCAGCAGGGACUUCUGGGAGAUCUACUGACGCAGAAGCUGCUCCGGCAGACAAGCCAGAUGUGUCAGCUCCUGUUGGCUCUGUGAGAGGUGUGGCCGUGGAGCCGGGGAGGUUGGUGCCAGUCAAACCUGAAGUCCAGGUGGGACUGGGACAACAUAACCAUGAUCCCAGAGCUCAGAGGACGUACACAGAGGAGCUACGCAGGGAGCCCGUCACCGACAAGAGGAGCGCCGGGGUGGAGAAGGUGCCAGCAGGUGGAAGGGUCUCCUCCCUCAACCCUGAUCACCUGAAACCCAUGAGGAAGAGGAAGAGGAAGGAGUACCUAAGUCCUUCGGAGGAAGACUCUGACAUUGAAGGAACGGAUGAGAAAAUGGAUGACUCUAAAGCAGACAGCAGACAAAUCAGAGGAGCUGGAGACAGUAAGACAGAGCAGUGGACAUGGGCUCAGUAUCUGGAAGAAACCAAAGCUGUUGCUGCUCCCAACAAGCUUUUCCAAGAGUCCCAGAGAGUGCCAACAGUAAAGAAUGGCUUUAAACAGGGGAUGAAGCUGGAAGGCAUCGAUCCGCAGCAUCCAUCCAUGUACUUCGUCCUCACUGUGGCCGAGGUCUGUGGUUACCGGCUGCGACUCCAUUUUGACGGGUACUCUGACUGCCAUGACUUCUGGGUGAAUGCCAACUCCCCUGACAUCCACCCUGCAGGGUGGUGUGAGAGCACAGGACACAAACUGCACACUCCCAAAGGUUGUAAAGAGGAGGAGUUUACCUGGACCAACUACCUGAGAAUGACUAAAGCACAAGUGGCUCCCAAAGAAUUGUUUGCCAGUCCUGGGAGGAUCGAUGUGAAGUGCGGUUUCGAGAUAGGAAUGAAGCUGGAGGCUGUCGACCGUAUGAACCCCUCCCUCAUCUGUGUAGCAACCGUCACUGACAUGGUAGACGACCGCUUCCUGGUUCAUUUUGACAACUGGGAUGACACAUAUGAUUACUGGUGUGAUGCCAGCAGUCCGUACAUUCAUCCUAUUGGUUGGUGCCAGGAGAGGAACCUGCCCCUAACACCACCCCAAGAUUACCCAGACCAGGGCCGGUUCUCCUGGCCUCGCUACCUGGAGGAGACUGGUUCUAAAGCAGUGGCUCCUGACGCCUUUAAAGUGCGUGUGGCCCACAGCUUCCAGCCUCAGAUGAAACUGGAGGCUGUGGACAAGAGAAGUCCUGGUCUGAUCAGAGUGGCCACAGUGGAGGAGGUCGAGACUCAUCGCAUUAAGGUCCAUUACGAUGGCUGGAGUCAUGUCUAUGAUGAGUGGAUGGACUCAGAUCACCCAGACAUACAUCCAGCAGGCUGGUGUGAGGCGACUGGUCACCCACUAAAAGUUCCCCCACGGGACCCCAAAACACAGCAGCCACAUGGUGUGAGGGAGCCUCCUGCUACGGGUCAGUCGACCUACCCCUCCUCUGUUCCCUGCAAACCCAUCAGCCACCCCAGAACCAACAAGUACAGCUUCCACAAUCGGAAGUGUCCAACUCCUGGUUGUGACGGUUCAGGCCAUGUGACCGGUCGUUUCACCGCCCAUCACUGCAUAUCCGGCUGCCCACUGGCUGAGCGUAACCAGGGCAGGCUGAAGGCUGACCUGUCAGACUCAGAGUGCAAGAGGAACCUCUUCUUUGGCCAGAGGACCAAGAAGACCCAUUACCGUGGCAGGAUUGGUCGUCCUCCUAAAUACAGGAAGAACCAGCAGAGAGAUUACCAGAACAUGUCCUCGGAGGGCGUGUAUCCGUCACUGUUCAUGUCGGCUCUGAGCGGUCAGUCGGACAGGACUCUGUCUCUCUGCUGGGAGCAGCACUGUAAGCUGCUGCCUGGCGUUCAGGGCAUCCAUGCCAGUCAGGUGGCGGCAUGGAGCAUCGAAGAGGUCUUCAGGUUUGUCCAGAAUCUUAUCGGCUGUGAAGAACAGGCUCGUCUCUUCAAGGAAGAGAUGAUUGAUGGGGAGGCCUUCCUGCUGCUCACCCAGACUGACAUUGUGAAGAUCAUGAGCAUCAAGCUUGGCCCCGCCCUCAAGAUCUCCAACGCCAUUCUCAUGUUCAAGAGCACAGACGAGGGACUCAAGUGAGCCCGUCCUCACUCGCAGGGGAGGGGAGGGGAGGGAGGGGUGGUAUGGCUUGGGGUGGGGGUGGGGUGUUGGCGAGCCUCCAAUCAUCAUGUGCCAAAUUCAUUUUCUUGCAGGGAAAAGAUCCUGACCCCUUUUUUUUUCAUGUGUUUGGUGUCCUGUACCCAUCAGAGAGAGGGAGGGGUGGUGGGGGUCCAUUCAGGGUAAAGGGGGAAUAAAGGAGAGGUUAGAAGAAGAAGGGAAAUUAGGAAAUACAAAUACUAUUUAGGAGUCUUUUGGGACAAAAGGGUGGAUCCUGCUGCCACUCACAGCCACACUGGAGAUACUCAGAAACUAAUACUAUUAAUGCUUUUACUCCCUGAAUGAGCUGGAACUGUACUAAGACCAUCCUUUCACAGGUGGACUCAUUGUGGGGGAAAAAAAUACACAUGACCAAAUUUUCAUGAGUACUCCAGCCAGAUUUGGACAAAACCAUUGGUUAACACCAUUGGUGUUAAUAGGAAUUGAGGGAAAUAUAAAUGCUGACUAAGAGGGACUGAAAUGGGAGGACGGGGGGGGGGCAAAAUCUGAUUAAAAAGAGUUAAAUGCAGUAGGCGAGGCUGGUCAGUGAGGCUCCUACAAGCUUCACGUUUUGUGCAAUAAAAAAGUCGAGACAGAUGUACUGUAGUUAGUAACACUUUAUAUCACAGCUCCUUUAUGUUAUCAGACUGAUUCUAACACUGUAACAGAAAGUAAAUAAGCUGCUUUGUUCAGACUGUUGGGAAAAGGUUUAUGUUAGUGGCAGAGCCUCAUUCUCUGUUGACUGAUUAUUCUUAAGUAUUAGUCAUUUGUGGUCACUUUACUGUGAAAACUCAAGUGGUAGCAGGAGCUGUAAUGUAAAAUGUUACCCUCUGAUGUAGAAUCUGAGUCAGAGAACAGAAACAACACAGUUUUUAGUUUUGCAAAAAAUCUUAAAUUAUUUUUUAGCAGUUCUUAAUAGAUGACUUAGAUGAAAAGGACACUUUGCAUUGGCAUUUUAGCACAACUGUGAAACCCUAAUGGAUUUUACACAAUGAUAUUCCCACACUUGGUCACUAGAGAGUGCAAAAAUCCACAUUUUAGCACUAUAAACAAGGAUUUGAUAUCUAGCCAAAGGAGUUCUCUGCAGUUUACAUGUGAUGGAAACUCCUUCAGAGUGUGUUCUUUGAGAUGUUUACAUUUUAUGUCAGAAUAGGUUAAAAAAAAAAAAUAAUGUAUGGAUUUGAUAUUGUAAGAUGAAAGUUAUUUUACUGGAAAGUUUUAAGGGCUCCUGGAAUCUCGAAUCUGACUUUGCGUGUCUCUCUGGUGGGAUUUGUGUGUGCGUGUGUGUGUGUGUGUGUGUCAAGAUAAUCUCGGGUCACAAAUGUCAUUCAGUCCAUAUGAAUUAAUAAAAGUCCAAAGCUGUCUUGUCUGA